UAAAAGGAGUAGUCCUCUUUCUUCUUAACCUCUAGGAUUAAAAAGUCUAUCUAAAACAGCAAAACUCUUUUAUCGGAGCCCUAGAUUUCCUCUCCUCCCAUCGCUCUCUCCACGGAUUUCUCCUCGUCUCGAUUUGUCGCCUCAAAACAUGGCUAACGCAGCAUCGGGCAUGGCUGUUCAUGAUGAUUGUAAGCUGAAGUUCUUAGAAUUGAAGGCAAAAAGAACUUAUCGCUUCAUAAUUUAUAAGAUCGAAGAGAAGCAAAAGCAGGUUAUCGUGGAAAAGCUUGGUGAGCCUGCAAAUGGCUAUGAAGAAUUCACUGCAAACCUACCUGCUGAUGAGUGCCGAUAUGCUGUCUAUGACUAUGAUUUUAUGACUGAGGACAAUGUCCCCAAGAGCAGAAUCUUUUUUAUUGCUUGGUCUCCGGAUACAUCUAAAGUCAGAAGCAAGAUGAUCUAUGCAAGCUCUAAGGACAGGUUCAAGAGGGAGCUUGAUGGUAUCCAGGUAGAGUUGCAAGCAACAGAUCCUACAGAAAUCGGGCUUGAUGUUAUCAAAAGCCGAGCUGGUGGAGCUGCUUGAGUUGUCAUUCUUGCAGAUGAGGGUCCUCCAUACAGCAUGCGUUGCUUAUGUUAAAUGUUUAUAUUUGUGUCAAAGUAGAACUUGCUUAGAUGAUAUAUCCGAUUGUUGUUCAUCUUAUCAUUGCGUCUUGGCUUCAUGAAACUUGGGUGAUCUCGAGUAUACUAUCAGUGUUAUUUGUGGAUUUAUUUACUACUUGGGUGUGAUUUAUCAAGGCAGGAUGUUGUGUCUUGUGCGCAGGGAUAGAUUUAAUGGUUGUAGCUUGAUGCCCCUUUUCCUUAUAUUUUUAAUUCUGUACUGUCACGGCUUUGACCAAUGUUAAUUCUCUCUUUCGAUCCAAAAGAAUCGCUGGUUGCAAUGAAAUUCGCUUUGCUCUGUGUU